AUGCUCGAGGGAGAAAGAAAGCGAGAGGACAGAGGGCGGAGAAAAACGAAGGAGGACGGCGAAGAGACACUCGAAUGCGAUUGUAUCACAGCGAAAGGAAGACACUUGCUCGGACCUUGGCUGUUUCUCUCUGCGUCCCAGUCCAUUUUCAACGUUAAAACGCGUGCAGAACUCGAAAUAACAGACGAAAUGAAACGCGAGGCAGACGCGCACAGUGCGCGAGCGACACACGGAGAGAGCCACGAACUUCCUGCAGAGAGGGCAGCAGAAAGGUCUGAGAAGAACAGACCUGAGGCAGAGAGAGAGGAGCGGACAGCUGACAAAUCCGCGAUGCAAGGCGACAACAGAGAAGAAGGGAAGGCGGAACCAAGCGAGAAAGGCGACGCGAGUCCUCUCUUGCUUCCGGCAGGAAAAGAAGUGAAGCCUGGCUGUCUAGUCGUCGUUAAAAUCGGUACAAGCACCCUGUUGACAGCUACACAAGACCGGAUGAACAUGAACCUCUCCAACCUGGGAAAAUUUGUCGAUACAAUCUGCGAGUUGCGAAUGCGAGGCCAUACCGUGGUGGUGGUGUCGAGCGGGGCUGUAGGCGCAGGCUGCGUGACUCUGCGUUUGAAACAGCGACCAGAAAAUCUGAACACUAAACAGGCGCUCGCGGCCGUCGGGCAGUGCCGACUGAUGCGUCUCUACGAAGAUUUGUUCAGCGUUCGAGAAGAGAAAGUCGCUCAAGUACUCCUUUCUCGACACGACCUUCUUCACCAAAAAUCGUACCAAAAUUUCCAGGCUGCUCUAAAGGCUCUUCUUGCUCUCGAUGUGAUUCCCAUCAUCAAUGAGAACGACAGUCUGGCGACAGAGCAGCUGAGAUUCGGAGACAACGACACUCUCGCUGCUCACAUUGCAGUGGCUGUGGAUGCUCACUGGCUUUUCAUUCUCACCGACGUCGACUGCCUCUUCGAUCGAAAUCCUCACAAAUACCCAGACGCUCGCCCCGUGGCAUUUGUGAAUCGCCUGACCGACGUGUACGCCUUUCUCUCUGACGGCGCCUGUGGAGCUUGGGGCACCGGGGGGAUGUACACCAAAGUGAUUGCCAGCAAAAUUGCGACGAACGUCGGGGUGCAUGUGGCGAUCUCGAACGGCAAGUACCCGGAGCGAAUUCUGGACAUGCUCGAGUACGCGCGAAGAAGUGAGACGACUCCAACCUGCCCGGACACUGGCAGCCUCCUCUCGCUCUUCCCUCUGCGGUCGCCCGUCCGAGAGAAACACGACCACCGUCGCGGCUGCUGUCGCAGAGAGGCGACGCAGGGAGAGGCGACGCAGGGAGAGGCGACGCAGGGAGAGGCGAUACAGGGAGAGGCGAUACAGGGAGAGGCGACGCAGGGAGAGGCGACGCAGGGAGAGGCGAUACAGGGAGAGGCGAUACAGGGAGAGGCGACGCAGGGAGAGGCGACGGGCGGAGAGGCGACGCGGGGAGAGGCGACGCGGGAAGUCGAGGAGGCGAAGAAGAAGAAGGAGAAGAAGCUCGCAAGAAGCUGCAGAGAAGCGGAGAAAGGCGCGCAGCGGCAGAGGAGGGCGGGAGGAAGAGGCGACGGCCGAGCGGCAACAGGUGCCCCGGAAGCUGGCGAGCGCGCGCGAGACGAACGGGCAAAGUCGGGGGGCGGUCAAGAAGAAGGCGAGGAAAUCUCGGGAAAAAACCUUCAAGAAGGAGAGGAACGAGAAAAAAGGGGCAACACGGACCGAGCGAACGAAUGGGUGCACGGUGCGCAUGCAUCUGCUGAACCUGGAGAGGUUUGGGGAGAAGAAGACCGAAACCCUGUCUUGAAGGAAGAAGAAAGCAUCGAAGCCGGCCAGAAAGGACAGGAACAAGAUGAAGAGAGUCCAGGGGAAAACAGGGCCCAGGGGGCGUUUGCAGGCCCCCGCGACGGACGAGGACAGCCUUUCUCCUCUCUCAUGAUAUGCGACAAUCUUCAGCAGAUGCCGUUUCUAGGGACAGUUUUCAUCGCGAAUGACCGGCGCCUGCAUAGAAAAGGCGACACGCGUGGAUGGAUUCUGUCGUUGCCGGUUCGUGGAAAAAUCUUCAUCGAUCCAGGCGCAGUUGCUGCUCUCGUGCAGCAGAAGAAGUCGCUGUUUGCAGCAGGUGUACACCACGUCAGCGGGGAGUUCGCAGCGAACGACUGCGUGGCGAUUUACAUCACGAAUUUUCCGCGAGGGUCCAGGCGACCCUCAGAGAGGCCUGCAGGCACGAAGGGCAGCGGGCCUCCGGGUGAGCAGGGAAGCCUGACGAGCGGUCCGUCGAGGCGAGGCCAGCUCCCGUUGGAGCGUCGAAACGCCUGUGCUAGCCAGAGUUAUGGGAACCAGCAGCGAGAGUGUCUUAGCAGAAGCAGUGACGAGGAAGCUGCCUUCGGGUUCUCUUUCUCGAAUUGGUGCAAGUCGGCGGCUGGGAGCGAAGGGCCGCCAGGGGGUCAGACACCGUUCAGGGCCAUGGGGGGUCUGUCGGAGUCGACUGUGUUCGCGGCGUCCCCGUGUCCGAUUGAGUGCCUGGAAAUCGCCCGGUGUAUCUCCAACGUGAGCAGCUCUGAACUCAAGGUCAUAAAAGGGAGGAAAAGCGGCGAAUUCCGGGACUUACUCGGGUACGCCGUUGACGAAGAAGUUGCGCACAGACAACACAUCGUCUUCACCUUCAUGAACGGGCACGAAGCCUUGAAAAGUUUCUGUCUCGCGAAACACGCAAAGUUCAAACUCGCGGGAAGGACAGAGCCGCCCUUCACACAAGAAGCCGACAGCCGGACCGGGGAAUAA